AUGGAGUCCACCAAGAACAACGCCCAGAAGAUCUGGUCCGCCAUCGUCCAGCACGCCAAGGAGCACCACCGAUCUGUCAACGCUGCAGUCAACACCUAUUACCCUCAACCACAAGCGCUUACUCCUCGCGCUGCUGCUGCCAAGACUAUCUACUCGACUUCAUCGAGUGCCCGAACCUCCUAUGAGAAGAACUGA